CUCCCGGAUUCAGUUUCCAAUUGCUCUUCGACGCCGUUUACGUAUUCGAAUUAUAGGCUUUUCAAUUUUCGAGCUCGCGGUUCUUUUACGUGACGUGUAGUGGUAGAAAAGUUUUGUGGGUGGCUUUUAUGGUAUUAUUAUAUAGUGUGUAUUCGUUUAAAAGGAAAAUUUUUAAAUCCAGUCUGUUUUUUCGCUAUGGACUAUAUUGGAUUCGGUUUAAAAAGUGAUAUAAACUAUAUAAUAGUGGAAAAGUGAAAAAAACACGAGGAAAUGAUUCCGUUUGACGGGAUUUUUACUAAAGUUGCCCUUAUUUGCUUGUUUGCAUCCACAGGUUGGAGCAGAAUGAAAAGACAUUACAACGGAUAUACUGUUUCUGACAGUGAUAGUGAGCUGGAGCCGUUGAUCAUUAACCGCGGUCCCUAUUUCGAUACAAGUGUUUCGAAAAAUGUGACGGCAUUAGUGGGAAAAACAACUUAUCUCAGUUGCAGGGUUCGUAAUUUAGGAAAUCGAACGGUAUCCUGGAUCAGACACAGAGAUCUGCAUUUAUUAACAGUGGGUAGAUUCACGUAUACGUCGGAUCAACGUUUCGUCAGUAUUCACAAUCCCAUGACGGAAGAUUGGACAUUACAAGUUCGAUAUCCGCAACGGCGAGACGGGGGAGUGUAUGAGUGUCAAGUUGGUACUACGCCCCCUAUAGGACACACCAUGGUGCUUUCUGUUAUAGAGCCGAUAACGACCCUUCUCGGCGGGCCGGAAAUGUAUAUCAACAAGGGUAGCACUAUGAACCUGACUUGUAUUGUGAAACACAGUCCUGAACCACCACCCACCAUCUAUUGGGCACAUAACUCACAGGAAAUCAACUACGAUUCCCCGAGAGGUGGAGUGAAUGUCAUCACCGAAAAGGGUGACAACACAGUCAGCUAUUUGUUAAUACAAAAGGCCCGGGACUCAGAUUCGGGAAAAUAUACUUGUAAUCCUUCUAACGCGAAUCCCAAGACACUUACAGUACAUGUUUUGAAUGGAGAACAUCCUGCAGCAAUGCAACACGGAGGACAAUUAAGACUCGAAUAUCCAUUUUCGGCCGUUCUACUCAGCAUCCUUGUGGCUGUUGUGGGACCAUAAAAAAUCUCGUUGUAAACUCAUGAAGGUGAAAUGAACACCGUGAAAAUAGAGUGUACAUUGAUUUAAAAGACAUAUUGUUGUUGUGCGAGUUUAAAUAAUUUGUACAUAAAGAUACUAGUAGUGAUUUUAGAAUUGAAAUUUCAAAGUGUAGGACACUUAACACAACGACGAUGACUGGAUUCUUUAUUAAACAAUCAGGUUUUGGGCAAAGAUAAAAUCUCAUCCAAGUUAUUGAUGGAAAUUUCUUCUACUACCACUAAUUAAUUGUUGUUUCUACUAAGGCCCUACGUGUAAAUAAUACUCUAGGUUAAUAAAUUUUAGGAUCAGUACCAAUUAAUUUUCUUAAUCAAAAUAUUUACAACUCCCAGUUACGUAAAUCCAUAUAAUUCAGUACAUAAACCGUAGAUAUCGAUUUGUACAAUUCAAUUCAUUACUUUUUAGUACACGCAAUAUAUUUGUAAACAUUGUUUUCUUCCUGAUGGAUGAUUUUCUUUGAUAAGAGAACAGAAUUGAUGUAGUCGUUGCGGAAAGUCGUUUUUCCUGCAUAUCCUGUUUUCUCACUCCCGCAUUGAUCAAAAUCACCGUUAACUUUAUUUUAUUGUUAAAAAAUAACUACUUACAAGAAAUAGCAAAACUCGCUGAUAAGACAAUCGAUUAAAGGAAGAAGCUGCAGAUUCUGGAAGUUAUAGAAAGUCAAAAUUGGAUACAUCGUUGUACAAAAACCAAAAUAACCUCUCCGCUGCAACUCAGACCCACGCAAUUAAAUAUUUUUAGCAUUUUCAUCCUAUAAAGUAUAUAAUGGAUAAUGGCAAGCAAGCAAAACCCAAUGAGAGAUGUUCGCAUAGUUUAGGGCCCCUCUAUUUAGAUUAAAGUUACUAAAUCAUGGCAAAUAGGACAAGUUUCAUUUAAGAUACUUAUUAUUAAAACAUAUUUCGCGCCAAAACUAUCGGUACAUAAGUUCGAAGUAACAAAAUUCAUUUAUGCUUCAUAGAUUUGAAAAAAGCGUUUGAUCAAAUGAUGAGAAACGAUUGAAACCGUUAUAUAUACAUUUGAAGACAAUAAAUAAUAAUAGAAAUGUGAUUCAGCAAACAACGAAGAUUCAAUAAAAGUUAGCAUCAAGAUAUGAGUUAAACAAAGAUAUAUACUGAUCGAACUGAUCAGUACUAGAUUUUCAAACAGCUCUAGAAUCGAUUUUAAGCUCGCGCGGCAUUCACUAUGAGCAGGAGUUUUUUUGAUAUCUGUAGAGUCUCAAUUAUCUAUGAGGGUUGCUACUUAAGUUUUGCCAUAUGGCAACGUUGAUGUGUCUGUCAUUGUUAUCAUAAGUUUGGCGUUUCCAAUGUUGAACGUACUCGAAAUUUGUUGUCGUAUUUGGUGCUAUUCGAGAUGUUUCCAAAUACUUGAAACAUUCAUCUUGGUCGAAAAGUAAGAUGAUUUCCGAUGAAUUUCGAGAUGGAUUAACCAACAACAGUUUACCGAUUAACACACUCCGACUUUUAGGAAUGGUAAACGGUUAUUGUGUUAGAAAACAUGGAGACGAACCAAAUCCUAGAAACUCAAAUCGUUUUAAAGUAAAUGAUCGACUUUUUUUAGUAAUAACAGGACAUUUUACCAACACUCCAUUCCACAAUGGAUUUGAAAAGAUAUUUGAAAGGAAAACGUAAUAAUUCGUAUUAUAUUUUUUUUAUUCCUGAAAAGAACCACUUUUCCCAGCUGAAGACUUUGAACAACCCCUACGUGGCAUAAAAACUUUCUUUAUAUUAUUUCUCGGUAUUCUUUAUUAAAUUUAUUUAUUCGACCUAAUCCUUUCUAUAUCAGAAUUUCUUAUAUUUGCUUUCAACUUUUCUAUUCUUAUCUUUUUUGGUCUUUUUUGUCUUUCCCCCUUUUUCUUCACUUUUUAGUAUUCUACAGGGGGUAUUAAAUAAGAAUUGGAGAUAAUUUACCUCUAUACCAAGCUGCAUCCCUGAGGAAUUAUAAGGUGUCAAAAUGGAGCCUAAAAUUGCGAAAAAAGUUACUUAAAGGUACCAAAUUUGACAUACUGCAUGAGGCAUCAAGUAACAGUAAAUAGAAGACGAUCCUAACCUUAAAAUUUCAGUUUUUAUCUGUCAGUUUAUUCAGAUAUCUUAAUUUUCAAACUAUAGUGGUAACUUCAAUGUUGAAGAUUUUGCUAACAGCCACAGACUGACACAACCUUUAAUACACCAACCAGAGUCCCCGAUCAAGAUGAUGACUUUGCUAGCUUCUUAGACCUGUUUCUAACAUUAGACCCUGAACUAUACAAUGUGACUUUGGAGGAAUACAAGCCUGCGGAAUCAACUAAUAGUACUACAAUCUACAGAAGUUCGAGAUUAAUAUCCACAGGCAUCUCCACCGGGCAGGCACCACAUCAUCAUAUCACAUCACCACAUCCAUUCUAUAUCAAAAUUUCUUUCAUUUGAUUCCACCUCUUCUAUUCUUUUCGUCUUUGGUAUACUAAUACAAACAAAAACGUUUUUGAACAGUCAAAAUAUCGAAUCGAUAGAUCAUCCGUCCUUGUUUAGCAUCCAAUUCUAUUUUCUUAUUUCCACAGAUCAGAAAUAAAUUGAGAAAUAAACAUUUUUCUACGUCUAAAGAGGCGAUUGAUGCAAUCAAAUCAGAUGCUUUGGAGGUACCUCAAUCGGAAUGGACAAUUGAUUCAAUUGUACCCAAAAGUGUAUUGAUCUCAAAAUCUUUGGGACCUCUACUGUGUGGGACCUAGCCUAGCAAACCAUUUCUCUAUGGUAGCUUUCCACUGAGUCAAAGUAUGAGUGAUGUAUAAUAAGCCAAAAUUUGGUUUCUAUAGUUUUUUUUACAAAAAGCAAUUUUUUUUUGGAACAAAAAUUGAUUUCACUCACAAACUAAUAAUUUGAAGUACUUAAUACACCGUUUACACUUCCACUACACUAACACUGAACACUAAAAAUUACAUUGUCUGACGCGCGUUUCUAUAACCAAGUUUACGUCUUCAGAGUAUUUUUGAGUGACUUUCAAGUAGAAAAUGUAUUGUACCAAACUUUCGGUUAUUUUUAUCAUUUACUUUUUGUUUUACAAUCGUAUAAGCGGGUCUUUGUGACGAUUUUUUUGGAACUGGGAGAAUAGUUUUGGAUAAAUUUAUUCUUUCAUUUAAAUUUGUGAAAAUUUUAUAUGGAUUUACCAACUAAUUAUUAUGUUUGUUAAUAUUUAUUAUAUGGAAAUGUUAAAUUCUCCACACAAGUUAUUAAAUUUUGUUAUUACAAAUUUACUUUUGUGAUAUUAUUGUUAAAAGUGUUAAACAAUCAUGAAUAAACGUUAAGGUCAUA